AUUAAAGUAGUUUUGACAUGUCAUGAAAAAACACAAAAAGUAUAUGGAGCAGAUGAGCAGCAGGGAGAGAAAGUUGUUAAUUAACGACUUUCCAAAACCAAAACAGUAAAUCAGUAAAACAUCUACUAACAGAUGUUUUGUGUGCUAUUUUUACACUCCCUUCACUAAUGUCAACAUGUGCUCAUGUGUUCAACAUCAGGCUUGGUGGGAGUGAAACUUGAGACUGAAGCCAGUUCAGGGUCAAACUAGAGGUCACUAAACUGAGUGACCAAAGUCUGAAGUCUUCUCCUGUCAAGUCAGGUCAGGUUAAUGCAUUAAAACAAAGUUAAUAAAAAAUAUGUUGAUAUUAAAUGUAUGUACAUUGCAAAUGUUUUCAAAAAGGUUCAAAGAGUAAAUAUGUGCCACACAAGGCACUGUGUUUCAAGCUUGUAAGUUGAUACUGAUUUACAAAAAGGCAUUUCUGAGUCAGGACAGUCCUUUUUGCAAAUGCAUAAAUCGGGUUUUAUUCAGAAAAGAUUUCAACUCAGCACGGGCCAGUGUGAGACUCUCAUGGUAUAACAAUGAGUGAUAAAAACUGAGUUUUAUUAGAAAAAAAAAUGAAAACAAACCCAUAUAUUCCUUAUAUAUGCCAGAAAAAUGCAACUGGACAUUGCUGUAGCCAGCAGCCCACGUUUAGCAGACUGCUCCAAAACUGUAGCUUUACAGCCUCCCUUUGAUAAGAACAGUGUUUAUUUGCUUUUUUCUUUUCUUUUUUUCUUUUUUUUUUUUUACCAGGACAGUUCAUGUUUGUUGUGAUAAGAAAUGUUUCCAGACAGCUGAAUUUGUCUUUCUUGAAACUGAUGGAAAAUUGCAGCUGCCUUCAUUCGGCCUGAUGACCAGGACUCUGUCACUCCAGCACUUUCCCCACGAUUUCAUCAAGAGUAGCAAACUAUAGCGAUGGGCAACAUGGACUUAAAGUUUUAUCACAUUGUUUUGUGUUACUAUGGCGAUAACGAUAAAAGUGACAAUAACAACUUUUUGUUCCUUCUUUUUUUUCGGUAAUUAUGUGGCUCUGACUGAUUCACAGCCCCACAAACACAAAUACUGCUCUCGAAAAACAUUCCCAUUUUGUAAAACGCUUCACUAAACGGCACACAGUAACUGAAAUAUUUUCAAAUGCAAUGCAAUCUAUUGAUACUCUCAACAGUGGGAAAUAUAAUAAAGUUAACAUUCCAGACAAUUCACAUAGUUUUGGAGGCAUUUAAGCAUCAAAAGCCUUGCCUUGUUUAAUGUCUCACUAUAACUCUAUAUUGCUCACUAGCCUGCGCCUUUUUUUUUUUUUUUACUGAUAACAAUAAAAUAAAAUGUUGACUCUGUCAUUCGCAUGACAAUAAAUCUCCGUUUACAAUAAGUGAUUUAUACCUCCGUUUAGCAUUAACUGUCUUUCCGUAUGGACCUUCGCAGAUCCGGAGAGGAAGCCAUGCAUCCAGGAGCCCUGCGUCCCAUCAGCCUGUGUGUGGUGUUUUGCAUCAGCAGAAGCCUGGCCACACAUUUACCUCUUUACGGUCCCCUAGAGGGAAGUACGGAUGAGGAAGAGUUUAGUCUCAUAAAUUCAUCCGUCGUUCCCAGAGUUCAUCCAACUGAGUACCAAACCACACCACCACCGGAGCCGUCACGAGAAGGAGGAAACCUCCGCGAGUUCACCAGGUUCCUGGAGGAGAACAUGCUCCUCAUCCUCGUUUCAAGCACACUCAUCUUUCUCACCCUCCUCAUUACCUGUGGAGCGUUUUUCAUGAGCCGCAGGCUCAAGGUGAACUCCUACCACCCGUGCUCCUUCCCCUCGAAAAUGUACGUGGACCAUCAGGACAAGACCGGAGGCACCAAGCCCUUCAACGAAGUGCAAGCCAAAGCCGUUCCUGAGCUGGAAAUGGAGCCAGUGGACUCCAACAAGCAGCUCCAGGCUGAAAUCUUAAGAGCUGCAAGCAGCCUACGAACGCCAAGUAAGUGUCCUCAGGCUGCAGAAAGCAGCGAGACAGCGGCGGACCCCAGUCCUGAGGACGACUUGAAACCAGACCACAGCGUCCCGGAGCAGCAGCUGCCGACUCUGCCUGAGGAGGAGCAGUGUGAGCUGCUUCCCGACAGCAGGGAAGCCGAGGCAGCAGGUUUAGAGUCGGACCAUCCAGAGCAUCUUCACCCGGGAGACGGGGAUUCAGAGGAGCCUCCGACCGGAAGGAGUCUGCGGCCCUCGUCUCUGCACAUUCACAAUGAAACUGCAACACUGCAGCUGAUCGCCGGAGAGAAAACGGCCUUCUAAUCAGCCUUAAUGAGACAAGCCGAGAACUUAUUCACAGGGAUCCUCUAGCGACGUUUCAUUCUCGCCACUACUGUGUCAUUUUGUAAAGAAAACAAGUCUUGUAAGACGUUUUAGCAAAGGACUAA